AUGAGUCCAAGUACAAAAUCAAAAAAAGGUAUGUUAGUUUAUUUUAAUAGAUGACUUUAACAAAGUUUCUAAAUUUAAUAUUUCUGGGUUUGGCUCUGGCUCUAGCUUCCGCUUUGCCUUUUUUUAAAUUUUAGUUUGGGUUUUUGCCUUGAAGCUGGAGCCACUCCUUAGGGUUUAGUACUAAAACUUGACACUUUCGGGCUUUUGACUCUAAGGAUGAGAAACUGUUGAGACUCGGCCCAGUCUCACUUUUGAUACCUGUCUAAGCCAACUUUUAGGCCCGACCCAAACCUAAGGCUCAACGUUUAGGCUCGGCCUUCGAGGUCUCAAACUAAGGCCUAAAAAAUUGCACCCGGCUCUUUACAAGUAUAAUUAAGCCCAAAUUCAAAACUAUUUUUAAAUUAAAAAAACUUUUUUACGUAAUCCAGUUCUUUAUCUCUCUCACAUCAACAAUCCUCACGUCUAUUCAAGUUCGGAUCAAAGUUUUGCUCUUUUUUAGUUGUUUUCGAAUACAAAUAAUAAACUUUUGCAGAAAAUAAGUAAUUUGCGCCAGACGAAUCAGAUUGUAAAAGGUUUACUCUCACUUUCUGGAAAGAAUUUCACAAAUUUUUUUUGGGAGGAGGGGGGGUUAGCUUCAUAACUUAAUGGUUUUGCUUCAAAAACUUGCAAAAAGGGCUUGAUUUACGUUUAGAGGGCAUGGGUUUUAUGUUAAAAGGGAAUAGUUUUAAGUUUACAAGGCAUGGUUUUUAUGUUACUAGGUUCUUCAAAUAAUUCUAAGCCUUUGCUUCCAAAAUUUUCUUUAGAAGGGGCACAGUAUUAAUUGAACAAUUUUUUAUACGUUAGAUUUGUUUAAGUAAUUCUGCGGCCCUGAGCCAUAAAAAAUAAAAAAAAAUGAAAAGUGGGCACAGAAUUAUUUGAACAAAAUAAUAUAUACAGGGUGCGACAAAAGUCCUUGGACUCAUUAUUUUGGUCAUAUAUUUAUUAAAACAAUAAAUAUACUUAAAACAACAACUAACAAUAGUAACAUAUAGCACUAGUUAUAACAUAGUCAAGCGGUUUCGAAUUGGCCUUCUUUUGCCGCUACGCAGAGGCGUAAACGCUUCACAAAGUUUUCAGCGAUGGGCCGCAGGUCCUGAGGCAAAAGUUUGUCCCACUCUUCGAUCAAUGCUUAUUUCAAAGACUCCAAAGUUUGGUGUCUUCUACAACACACCCUUGCAUCCAAUAUAAAAAAAAAUUAUAUAAAUCGCGUACAACAUAAAGAAAUCGACCGGUAAAGUUAGUCCAAAGACUUUUGUCGCACCCCGUAAGUUUGAAAUCACUUUUUUUUAAUUUAUGCUGUUUUAAUCGAUCAUCUUCAGAGUUUCAUGUCAUGACAGACUACUCCAACCCCUUGUUGUAUAUUGUUCGAUUUGUGUCGGAAACGGUCAGAUGGGUAUUUUUUGUAAUUUACAGUUUCCUUAGAGGUAUUGCCAAGUUUAUCAUUCCCAAUUCGCUUCUGCCGAAGAAAAAUCUAAAUGGAAAGGUAGGUUUGUUAUAGAUAUUGACAGUAAGGAAAGGGGAGAAGGUAAUAAGCUUUGUAUUAUACAAGACUUAAUUUUUCCAGAUAAUUCUACUAACCGGAGCCGGUGGAGGUAUUGGUCGAGAAAUUGCGGCUCAAUUAGCAAAGCACAACGCCAGACUAGUUUUUGUGGGAUUUUAAUCCAGUUUUGAAUGAUCAAACAGCUCAGAUCUGCCAAAAGCUUGGUGCUAAAGUGUAUUGUCAGAACAUAGAUGUGACCGACAAGAAGGCGGUUUACCGUGCUGCUGACCUGCUUCGGCAUGACUUUGGAGAGCCUGAUAUAUUGAUUAAUAAUGCGGGUCUACUGAAUCCGGUGCCAUUUUUGGAGUGUGAUGAUGACAAGAUGUCAAAGUUGAUCGAUGUUAACACAAAAGCCUUGUUUUGGGUGAGUUUUGAAGGUUUGCUUGGUAUAAUAUAAGCUUUAAUUGGUGUAAUGUCAUGUUGUUCAAAUAAUUUUGUGCUCUUUUUAAAAAAUUUUUUGGGUCAGAGGGCACAGAAUUAUUUGAAAAAGCCAAAUAGUUACUUUCUUAUAGUUAUGAGGUUGUUCAAAUAAUUCUGUGUCCCUUUCAAAGAAAUUUUUUGGAGUUAAAUAGGAAGCACAGAAUUAUUUGAACAAUUUAAUAGACACUAUGGUCAUGAAGUUGUGUAAAUAAUUCUGUGCUUCCUUCUAAAGCAAUUUUUCGAACUUAGUGGCACAGAAUUAUUAAAACAACCUUAUAGUCAUUAUAGUUAAGAGGUUGUUAAAAUAAUUCUGUGCUCCCUCUGAAAACAUUUUUUAAUGUUAGGGAGCACAGAAUUAUUUGAAAAACAAGUUAGAAAGUAAUUACUCAAUAUGUUUUAGGUAACAAAAGCAUUCCUGCCAAAGAUGAUAGAACGUGGCAGUGGCCACAUAGUUACCUUAUCAUCGAUAGCUGGCAUUCUGGGUGCACCAUUACUAGUUGACUAUUCAGCAUCCAAGUUCGCGGCCUUUGGUUUCAUGGAAAGCUUACAUUUACAAUUGGAACUUAUGAAAGCACCAAGGAUACCUUUUACUACCAUUUGUCCAUAUUAUGUUACCACACCUAUGAUUGACGAUUUGUCGUAGGUUUUAAGUUUAUUUGAACUUUUAAUUAGAGUUUCUGAGGGCUUUGGAACUAGUUAUAGCUUUGACUUUGAGGUAUUAGCUCCGGUUUUGGCUCUGGAGCAGCUUUGGUUCUGGAGUUACAGACAGAGAUAGAUUUUUUGUAUUUUUUAAAAAGACGAAGCCAGAGUUUGAGUCGGAGCAAAAAAAUCGAAAGUUUAUUAACAAAAAUUCCCGAAGCAGAGACCUCAGGCUACGGAGCUGAAGCUAAAACCGAAACUACAUUUUUAAAGUUUAAAAAAUACAAAGCCUGAACCAGAACUUUUAUAUGUGGAUACACAGGUUAAAAUUAUAGUACUAAAAAUAACUUUUUAGCAUUACCGACAAACGAUUCGACUUACUAAAGUCUGGUUAUGUUGCAAAAAAAGUUGUGGAAGCUAUUCGACUAGAACAACGCGUUUGUAUAGUGCCGAACCAGAUGGCUAUAUUCUAUUCAUUCAGAUCGUAAGUUUAUAAGCUAAGCUUGAAAGAGGGUCAACUAGGCCUGGCAAGGGAUUGAGAAGGGUCGGGUCUGACUGAGCCGGAGAAACUUUGUAAGAAGCCAAGCUGGCAAUUGUGAGUUUGAGUGCCGAGCAGACAAUUUCUGGUUCAGAGCUAAAAAAUGGGUCCGGCUUGGCCCAAAAGCGAAGUAGAAAUGGGGAACGGGCCAGGCCUUGAUGUUCAGGAUUGGCUUGUCUUAAAUUUGGGUUAAAAAAGCCUCUUCCCGGCACGUUUUCUUAAUAGUUGUAAGCAAAAAAAGUAUUUUUUUAAAAAUAAGCGGGCUAAACCAAAGCAACUUCUAAUGGGGACGGAUUGGGCAAAGAAGUGGGGUUGACCCGGCUUUUUACAGGUCUAUUAUAAACAGUUUAAAAACUUGUUUUAAUUGUUACUAAAGUGUUGAAGGCGCAUUGAUUUAUCACUCAUUAUAAUACUUUUUACUUUCAGUCUAUUACCAUGGAACAUUGGCGAAGCUAUAACUUUGGGAAAACGAGUAUAUUAA